AAUAAUAACAAUCAUUCCUGCAAAGAGUUACGAUGGGAAAAAGAGGCCGUACCGUGAAUCUCGGUACAUAAAGGAGCUGAAUUGUCAUCACGACUAUAUUGAUGUGUGACGAACACGCACGUCAGACAUGAACGCGUGUAAUUCGUUGGGAUUAAUAUUCGUCUUCGUCAUACUCGGCGAGAUUCUCCCUCCACUGGAAUCCAAGAUUAUUAGACCGUACAAAUUCCAUCGUUCAAGGCCUCCGCAGAGAUCAAGAUGGCAUCCUGGUCCCCGACGUCCGAAGUGGCAUCCGCCUAGAAAAAGACCUCCACCACGUCACUAUCCCCGUUACAGGCCGAAAUAUCAGAGGUACCCUACGACGAAUUACGAAAACGGAAUCGACUAUGCGUCCGACGAACAGCCUUACACGAUUGAAAUCGAACUGCCAAGACGGUUCGGAGGGGCGGAAAAGUACCACGGGACUUCCGGCAUUCACAGCAAGAGAGGCCCCAAGAGAGGCGAGGUCUACGACGAACCGGAAUACGACGAGUUCCUGGAGGACGAAUACUACGACGAACAGGACAGGGUUAUUCGGACGGGAAAGAAGAAGGUGCGGAUUAAGGUGAUCAAAGGUCUGAAGCCUAAGCUGAAUAUCAGGAUAUCUCGCAUAGACGAUGCAAGGACCAACGAGACCGAGACUUACCCGCUUCUUCAGCCGCAGAUAUCGACCAACAUCGAGGAACUUGGUACGCAGGUAGACGAAGAAUGGAUGCCAGCUAAUCCUCAGCCGUCCUACCCAGUUCACCUGAGAGGAGCUCGUUAGCGAGCAAUAGAUUAAAAUUGU